CAGAGGCGGAGGGAUGGAGACCCGGCCUGAAGACUCGGGAAUGACCGGCCGCCCGACGCUGGCCUCUUCCUGGGAUAUCGCGAACGGGGACCUGUCCCAGAGCCUCCUCCUCACCCGGGAUGGCCUCGGCUUCCAGGACUUCGACUGGGAGGAGCUGCYGGCGCCGCCGGCUUCGGGCCAGCCUCUGGUGAGCCUGAGCGCCGCGCCGGGCCCCCGGGGCAGGACGCCGUGCUUCCUCGACCUGCGGUGCGACCCCGGGGCCGGGGAAGAGAUCCUCGCGGUGGGCGUCCUGAGCUCGGCGAGGAACAUGGAGGUGUACGUGGGCGAGGAGUACUGUGGCACCGGCCGGGGCCAGGGCGCCCGCACCGUCCCGGAGGGCAGUGAACAGGAAAAUGUUAUUUUCUACAAAAAACAUCUAAAAUUGGAAACUUCCACAUAUGCUUGUAAAAUAAAGUUGCUGUCCUUUGGUGAAAAACAGUGUGUGUUCAUCAGUAAGGUUGUGGUACACAUGAAACCAGUUUCAGGAAAUUCUUCACCAAGCUCUCCUGCUCUAGGAUCAAGGAUAGACCUUGACAAGGUCCAAACCAUAAUGGAGUCCAUGGGAUCAAAGUUAUCACCUGGAGCUCAGCAGCUAAUGAACAUGGUUAGGUUUCAACAGCAGAUGGGGACUGAACCCUUACAGGCUUUCAUCGAUAAAAGCACCAGGCCACCUGGGGAAGGAAAUACCACCAGCCGCGACAGGUGUAAAACUGUGCCACAAAACCAUUCCCUUCUUGAGAAUGAUCUUAAAAAUGCAGUAUCUUCUUUCUUACCAAAGAAGGCGAGUGACGGCYCACUGCCCAACUCUGAGUUGCUGCCCUUUCUCCAAAAUCUCUGCAGUCAAGUUAACCAUCUUAGAGUGGGACAUAAUGCCAAGUGGCAGGAAAACGUCUCCAAGCCCCGUAACGGCAUUGUUGGUGUUGCAGUGGAAGAACAGCCUAUUUGCUCCUACUUGGAAAAGAUUCUUUCUAAAAAUAUGGAACUGAUGGAAAAGAAACUUGUGGACUACAUUGAUCGGCGAAUACUCCAACUCCAGGAGCACAUAGAUGAUAAGAUUACCUUGUUAAUGGACUUCCUGCAGAAUCCCAACUCCCCGCCCAAUGGGCUGCCUUUGAGACAUUGUGACUCUGGAGAAAGACUUUCCAAUGGAGAAAGAUAAGCUCUCAGCGUACGAGGGCCUGCAGAUAUUUAUUACCUAUUUAUUACACAGCCCAAACCUAAAAACAUUUAUGAAAAGCAAGUAUCUGAUGUCCUCCGAAGGAUCAUCGGCUUACAUAAAGUGACCUCGGUGUCCAUUUUUACUGCCCUUGUUAUUGUAAAUCCAGUACUGUACACCAAGAGGUGACCCCAUUGUCCUAAGUUAUUCUGAUUUGCAGUGUUUUUCACUUACAGAUUUUUAGGUAUUCUUGUGUUGCUUAAGGGUUUUAAAUAUUUAAGGAUUUCUAAUGCAUUUCAUUAGUUUGUAUUGUAUGUGUUUGAAGUACUUUUUUAAUUUGUAMAAAGACCUUAUUUAAUAGUUGAAGGGUAUGAAAAAAUGCUUACUUGACUUUUUUUCCCCUAAUUGAUUGUUCUUGGAAAACCAGGUGUUUUGACYUGAAACAUUUCAUUUCAGAUCACCAACUUAAUAUUUUAUGUUGUUUACU